AUGGCUGCGAGCUUUCCCGUCGAGGCUGCAGCCACGGUAGAUACACCCGGCGGUGAACCGGAGGUGUAUCCGCUGUCCGCUGCCUCUGCUGAUCCCGAGUCCCUGGAUGAAGAGGUAGAGGCCCCCAAAGGGAUUUCUUUAAGCGGAGAUGUUUACAAACUCGCAGAAGAUGACCUCAAGUCCCACCGGCGCCGGCGGUGGGGCCUCCGCUCGGUGGCCUUGAAGGGCUUUCUGGCUCUGGUGGUGUUGACCCUUCUAAGCUUCUCUAUCGUGGACGUGAAGCCCCCCAAAGCAGCAGCAAAGUGGACCCCUCCAGCCCUUCCUCGUAGGUCCCCCGCCCCCCCCGCAGCAGCAGCAGCAGCAGCACCAGCCGCAGCAGCACCAGCACCAGGCGCAGCAGCACCAGCACCAGCACCAGCACCAGCACCAGCAGCACUAGCAGCAGCAGCAGCAGCAGGAGAAGAGUUUCCGCCGUUCCCGGACCCUGAGGGGUCCGUGGAGUACUACCAGGAGAGCUUUCUGUCUGCAGCCGACCAGCUGGAGGGCCUGUGGGAGAGGGCGUCUCCCGCAGCGGCGAAGGCGCUGGCGGUGCCCACAGAGCCCCGCGAGCUGCCGCUCUACAAACUGAACCUGCUGCUGAUGGAGGGGCUGUGUAGCGGCGCAGCAGAAGUGCUGAAGGCGCUGGGGGACAUGGAGCAGCUGCACGAGGCGACGGGGGUGCCGGUGGGGCUGCUGGGGACGGGCUCGGAGGCGGAGCUGGAGGCGCUGGCGGCGCCGGGGGCGGACCAGACCAGUGGUCACUCGCUGGACCAGCUGCUGCAGGACUUGGGCGUGCGGAGCCGGGCUUUCCCGCGGGAAAAGGUGCCGCGGCGGCUGGCGCAGCUGGUGGAGAACCUGGUGAACUUGAACUUCAUGGUGCGGGACUGCUACUUCCGAACUUUCGCCAAGUUCCGCCCCUUCUUGCAAGUCCUCGGCGUCGACAGCGAAGAGGAGUACCCCCGAGUUCCUCCAGUUCCUCUUUUGUUUGCAAAGGAGGAAUUCGACGCUGCACUCUUCGUGCUUUCCACGCGCGGCGGCUUCGGCUACGACUUGCGCUCGGAGGAGGUGCUGGAGAAGCUCGUGUCUUCCUUGGGGAACAACUGGAACUCGGAGAGCGCUUUCGAAUUUGCGAAGGAGCAGUACUACGAAAUCAAAUUUAUGAUCCACAGUUUCGCAAACGCGAAGGCUGCGAACCUCCGGCUUUCCAAGUGGGGGCCCCGGGGUCUAGACACCUCGAGUGUAUACGCACUUGCGCGCUUUCUCCUGUAG